CGCUCGAGCGCCGCGAACAUUGGAAGAAGAAGAAGCGCUUCAUUCUUUCUCUUUGCAAUUCGUUGUAUCAGAAAGACGUGUCAAGUAGUUCCAACAAUUACGAUAUUCUUACUUUCGUUCUGUGAGUUCAUCAUGAUUGAGUUUAUCAUCCCCUUCAUCGUCACAGCCGUUUUAGCACUGACCGGGCCACCACUCAGGCUGAUCAGAGUGAUCACAGACAACCUCCGUCAGGUGUCCCAUGACACGUCGACUAGCAACCUCGUUCGAUUUCGGAGCGCAUCCACGGAAACGCUAUCCGUAACAGUCGACGUGGGGACAUCGACGGAGGCUACACGGCGUGGUGGCUCCUCCUGUUAGUCGCCUGCGUCCUCAACCUCUUGGGGGCACUGAUCAUCAUAAAUGGGUUGGUCCCGGUCAUGCCGCCAGUGAGGAAUGUUACCGCCAUUUGUCCGACGGUGAUUACAGUGAUCACGGCUGCAGAUAGUCAUGUGCCGCAAGAAAGUCCAGGACUGUCACCUUUGUCCACGCUCAGCUCAAACAACGCUGUGGUGCAGUGUUCCCGGUAAUGAGGUCCAGCACGUGGGAAGUGAUGUGUUCCAAAGGAAAUGGGAAACCGCAACCCUAAGCACAGUUGACGACCUUCAAUCUCUGAAGAUAAAGGACUGUUCUGAUGCUUGGGAAACCUUUGUCUGCUAAAACGCAGUCACCAGGCUGAAGAUGAUCUAGGAAUCCAGACUCAACUGUGAUACUGCUAUCGGAUGUCCGUCCUCCAAAGGCCUUGGAAAGGAAUGUCACAGCACCAUUUGGGGAAAUACCAACUAGGAACUUCAGUGUAUUCGAAACCAAGGAAGGCGCAUGUUCGUGAAUCUGGUCCGACAUGCCUUGACACCUUUUGAGCCUCCUCGGAAUGUGUCACCUGGCACUCUGCGUUGUUGCUGCUUGUAGUAGAAAGGAACAAGUGAAGUUGGCCAUGACACUCAUCGACUGCAUCCGUUUCGGUGGAAACCUGCACCAACACAUGGCAUGCCACAAGAGAGUGAAAUGGUAGUCUAUUAUAGUGUGCUAGAUGUCGCACCAGAGUGUAAUAGUGAAAUCUAGGAAAUAACAGGUUCAAAGAGAAUGCAAACGUUCUCUCCAAAAGUAAAUAAAGCAUCCACUGAGCAAA